CUGGCUGAAAGCGAAUCAUUUUUCAGGUACUGGGCUCAGUCAAGGUUACGAAAGAAACUACCGUUGCUGGAAAAACUCGAUUUGAGGAAAAAGGAGACAACGGAUUCACAAAAAUAUCGCAAUUGCUACUUUUCACCGGUCCAAUGCCAAUUACCGGUACUAAUCAAUAUUGACCCGUUGGCCAGCGCAAUCAAGCCGGAUCUGCAGCAGGACGUCUACUCACGUUUCAGAAGGCCUGGAAUUGAAGCUCUCUUUAGGCCUUUGAAGGAGUAG